AGUAGGCCCGCGCCGCCCGCGACGCGCACGGCACUGCUUGCUCGUGUACCGUACCGGCGCCAUGUCGCGCCCUUCGGCCGCGGCCCUCCUUGCCGCGCUUCUCGUCUGGCAGUGCCAGGGCGUGCACCUGCAGCCGAGCCCCUGGGACCCAGUCCGAGGCGUGGAGACGCGUGGGCUGGACCAAAGCAGCUCCUCGGACCUCGCGGUGGCGGAGCAGGACGACACGAUUCCUGAUGCCGCGGCGGCCGAAACGCUCGAGGCAAAGAUGCGCCGGCAGGACGCGGAGUGCAAGGAGAAGGCAGGCAUGAACGUAGACAGGGGACACGCGCUCGGGCUUAUCAACGCAAGCGCCAUCGUCAGGUGGAACCAGCAGAUGCGCAGUGUGAGGGAUUCCGCUGCAUGGGGCCUGAAGCCCCCAAUCCGACAGAUGGUCGAUGAUAUAGUCAAGAUUGCGUUCCUCGUCUUCGCCGACGAUCGCAUCCACAACGAGGAGAUCUGGCUCCAUUGGAUGGAAGGGGCACGCAAAGCCGGAUUGAAGUUUUCCAUGCACAUCCACGCUUCUGGACUGCCACCCAACGGCACUUCGGAGUGGCGCAGCGACAGAUUCAAGCAGUUCUUGGUGCCAGAACAGGCUCCCACUGCCUGGUGCCGGACGUGGGAUGCGCAGAUGUUGCUGCUCACUAGCGCCCUCAGGGACAAGGAGGUCACGCACAUGGUGACGCUCUCGAGUGAUUCGGUUCCCGUCAAGCCGAUGACUUGGAUUUACGACAAGACCUCGGAGCAGCCCCUCUCCCGCUUCUGCGCGGACGAUUUCUGGCGCGACCCGUGGCCCAAAGCGGAGCUCUGGUCGAUGCUGCGCCGCGAGGACGCGUUGUUUUUUCACGAAAACAGGCACUUCGCCGAGAAGAACUUCCGUCACGACUGCGAGGACCAGCUGGCGUGGUACUUUCCCCUGCGGGCACGCUGGGACAACUUCGCGAAGGCUCCGCUCAAGAGGGAGUGCAUCAUGUUCGCCAACUGGAAGGAUCCACUGUCGCUGGGGCAUUUUCGGGGCCCGGGGAAUCCAGGAGCAGUUUAAGCGGACUCUGGCGAGGCGUAGCGGCGAUCGAGAUAGGCAAGCUCGGCAUCGUUCUGAUUGUUUUGGGGGGCAGUUUGGUCAUGUCCAGGGUCCAGGGUCUGCUCGAGUGCUCCUGUGUCCUGACUGUCCCUCAAACGCGCAGCGACCUGUGGGAAGGACGGCGAGCAGGCUUGCAUGGAGCAGUGGGCUGCCAACGCCGACACGUGUAAUUGCCCGAAGCUUCGCGCGAGCGAGCGCACGCCCGCGAGCUUCAAGCACCCAGUCGAGUACCAUGACGUUCACGCACACGCUCUCGAAGAGCUUGUCCGUUCUCCGUUCUGGUUCGCUCGCAAGUUUACAGAUGGCGCAGUGCCAGAGGAGCUCAAGACACUGCUCGACCCGGGUUACAAGCCGAAUAAGACGAAGUGGUUCGGAAUCUUUCGUUGAGAGCGGCACUGAUCAUUCGCCCCCGUUGGGGGCCGACGUUCCCUUCCACGUUCCUGUGCCGACUUCGCUCGGACUCGUCGUUCUGAGUGGUUCGACAGGUCAGGUCGGUUGCGGAGGCUGGCGCAGAAGACAGCCAGGUCAGUUGUUGAUGCUUUGCCGAUGUGUACGCAGUCAGCGCCGGCAGGGGUGUCGCUCUUGACAAGUGACCAGGUGCUUGGUGUUUGACCGAGCUUGAAGCGCACAGCUAGAAUUCGGCAUCGUCAUCAUGAUCGAUGAUCGCUCAUAGCGCCAUGUGCUCACUUCGGGCCUCGGGCGCCUCCUGAUCGCGGUGGUGCAGAGGAGUCAGUGUACACCAGCAUUAUUCUGCAAAGGUCUGGAGCCCGUGCAGCGCAUCAAGCCUCAGGGAGAGAAGACGGACCAGUGCACCAGCUAUCCCUUGGAAAUUCGCCAGUCGAGCGCCUGCUUUCGCAUGCACUGUUCUUCUACGCUUGUGGUGGGCUAGAUGUCUUUCUUUGGGCCCCGCGCCGUGCGACAUUGGAGUCACUAUGAAUCCCAGCUCACCUGCCCGAUCCCUUGCCAUUAUGCGUGCCUCUUCUGACUGUUUUCAUUUUUUCUGUCGUUCCUUGUUCCCGCUCGUCUUUGUCCUUGCCCUUCGAGAGUUUCCUG